UGAGACCGCAUCGGACGAUGCUGCAGCGCGCCAUCGCGAACUCCGUCAAGCCCAUCGGGAAGAGAUUCAUGUCGUCGCAAGUGCCUCCGUUCCACCUGGCGGUGCCGGUGCACGACCUGGAGCAAGCCAAGGAGUUCUACGGCACCAAGCUGGGCUUCAUUGAAGGGCGCUCGUCCAAGCAGUGGCAGGACUACAACAUGUUCGGCCACCAGCUCGUGGUGCACGAGGUGUCGAAGGAUUACCGCGGCCUGGACUUCUUCAACCCCGUCGACGCGGACGACGUGCCGGUGCCGCACUUCGGCGUGGCGCUGACGGUCGACGAGUUCCACGCACUCUCCAAGCGAGUGCAGGGCCUCAACAUCAAGUUCGUCGUGGAGCCGCACCUGCGCUUUGUCGGCCGCAAGGGCGAGCAGUGGACCAUGUUCUUCAAGGACCCCAGCGGCAACAACCUCGAGUUCAAGGCCAUGACCACCUCGGAGAACCUCUUCGCCAAGUACGUUGAGGAGUAAGUUGCUGGCGUGCGAACAGUUUAAGACCGAAGCGCCGAGGAAGCGAAUAAAAUACGCGGUCUAUGUGGAAUUGAAUGCGC